UAUUCUUAUUACACAUUUUAAAACAGACAAUUAACUACACAUUACUUAUUUCGUCCACACUCUGAUACAAUUCGAAAUUUUUAGAGCAUAUAAUAUUUCUAUUGAAACCCUCGCUUUCUUUGACAUGCCAUCCUAAACACAAUGACUUGGCGACGCUAUUAAAUGUUGCAUUGUCAUGGGAAUUUAUAAAUAUAAGAAAACCAGAAGUUAAACCAUCAUUGCAAUGUUCGGUAAAGUGAAAUAAUGUGGCUCCUAUUGUGUACUUUAUUCCUCUCCUGGUUAUCUCUUGUUAAACUUCAAAAUAGUGAUAACAAAAACGUUACUGCUAACAUAACUGUUGCUAAUAUAACUGUGCUCCCUAAAAACUUAAGUGGCGGUCCUUUUAAGCCGAUACAAGUUAUAGAAAGACGGAAUCUACUACUAAACACUACAGAACAUCUACUAAAUGAAACUAACAUAAAAAAAAUCGACGAUUUUAAACCCAGUCCACAGAUUGGAGGAUUCGAUAACAGCUUUUUUUUAAACCAACAAUCAAAAAGUUUCGAAUCUUACCCAGCUCCCAAUUGGGCAGCUAAUGUUUGGUCUGACAACUCAGUAAGACACGAAGAAUCUUCUAUAGAGUCUCCAUGGAAGAAUACACCCGUCAAAUUUCCUGCUCCAACAGAAGCAAGACCUUAUCCUUUUGGUAGUGGAUAUGAAACUCCCACCACUGUGUCUAAUCCGAUAGAACUGGUUUACAAACAGCCACUACAACCACCUGUACGGCAUCAAGUUCCUCCUCCACCACAAAUAUAUCCACAAAGACAACCUGAAGGAGGUAUGUGGCAGAAAUUCUUGAGUUUUGCAGGAUUGGAUAAGAAAUUCCCUGUAUCGUCUCCAAAAUCCUUUUACAGUGACCAUGGAUCCUACCCAGGAAACCAACUGGAUCAUUCAGGCUUUCCAGGUGAAUAUUUAGAUCCACAUUCUUUUAAUGAAGGUAAUAAGUUUGAUCAUUCGUACCAUGGAUAUUCAUAUGGACCAAAAGAGCCUCAUCAUUCAAUAGAACCACACCACGGAGAUGGAGGAAUAAGCCCUUUUAAGAAGAUUCUUAAAGUUCUAGCAGCGAUUAUACCAAUUGGUCUGUUUUUGAGUGCCCUAACUCCGACUAUUAUAACAGUGUCUUCGGCAAACGACACGACAGGCAGAUUCAACAGAAACGAUGACACAUCAGAAAAUCUUUUGACAAAGGUAGCUAACUCAUUGAAUUCGUUAAAUAAGUUGCAACAAGACGGAUGUCAGCAGAAGGUAUUCUGUGAACUGAUGGUGAACGCCAUGUUUUCGACAAAUGCUGAAGAACACAUCAAAAACCUUUUAGAUAACUUCGUGGACAAGUCUGGUACUAACGAAGACACGUUCACGACAGUACUAGAAGCUGUGAAGAAUCAAGACUGUUCGACUCUUAGCUGCAAAGAUAUGGCAGAUCCAACUUGAUUUUGAACGAGUAAACAAUGUUAUUUAGUCUAUAUAAUAUAUUCUAUGUAUACAGGACUAUUAGGGGUAAUGUUAUCUUGUAAAAAGUGUUUGUAUCUUAUUCAUGUAAAAAAUAAUAAGAACAUUGUAAUUUU